AUGUCGCGGUCCAAGUGGACCGAGGAGGAGGACCGCAUUCUGACCGAGGCGGUGAUGGCGUAUGGUGAGGGCGACUGGCAGUCGGUGGCAGCGUGUCUGGACAACCGCACAGGGCAGCAGGUGCUGCAUCGGUGGUGCAAGUCCAUUAAUCCGGCGAUCAAGUCUGGGCGGUGGGACCGCGACGAGGACGCGGCGCUGCAGGCGGCUGUGCGGCUGUACGGUGUGGGGCAGUGGACCAAAAUUGCAAAGCACGUGCCGGGCCGCACCGACGUCAAGUGCCGCGAGCGGUACAUGAACGUGCUGGCGCCCGAGGUCAACAACAAGCAGUGGACGCCCGACGAGGACGACCGGCUGAUCGCAAUCGUCAACCGUGUGGGCAUCGGCAAGUGGUCGUAUGUGGCCGACGUGCUGGGCGGCCGCACCGACAACCAAUGCUGGCGGCACUGGCGCAGCCUGCACAAG